AUGGAUGUCUUACCGCUCACUUCAGAUGCCGCUUCGGCUGCGGUAGGGGCAACACCAACCAGUCUAAUUGCAAUUACCACACUAAAUCAUCUUCAUUCAACUGAAGGCCCACCAACUACUCAACCAUCAGAAUCAACCGGCGCGUUAUCUAAAGAAACUGGUCAUACUGUUACGCACAGCCCAGUUUCAUCCAUUUCUAUUAAAAAUGGUAAGGCUUUUGUUGGUCGGACGGAUAAGAAGACCACUGUGUCUUCCGAGAAAGAGAUCAAUUCAAAUGACCCAAUUAAUGGUACUUCUUUUACAAAUAUUAAAUCAUUAGACUCAACAACUUCAUCAAGCAGCUUCAAUACUGCACCUACACUUUCGCCCAAAUUGGUUGAUGCUUUCGAAUCAAAAACAACCGAAUCUGUGGCUCGCCAAGAAAAUUCGGUGACUCAAUCCAAAUAUGCAAGCAGCAAAGAUAAUUCGACUGAAUUUGUGGGUUCCCCAAGUAGUCACCUCCUCUCGACUCCAUUCGCAUUCGAAGCAGAUGAUUUUACGGAUGUAGGAACAAGAAGAGCAACGACAGCAUGGGGCACCUCCACCGUAUAUUCUGAAGCAUCAUUAAGUCAAUCUCAAACGGAAUCAAAUUUCCAGGAAGGCGUCCAGCUAGGUCAGUCUUCUAAAAUAUUUACGGCAAAAGUGACAACUCAUACUGAGACCACAAUGGAGACGUCAGAUAGCGCUGACCAGUUGAGUUCAGUUCAUUCUAGUACGCAUGAAGCCACGGCGUCAAUACCAUCGAGUUUGACUUACAGAUCGGAGCCACUAGAGAAAGAAUACACUACAACUUUUAUGGAAUUGGAUUUGCCUGAAAUGACUAGCUCUAAAACAGAUUUAAUUCAAAGCGCAGAUACCUCGAUGAACGAUCAGGAAUCAGGCGAAUUAAGCUCCACCCAAAAGCCAACAAAUUUGCAACCGACUUCAGGAACUGCAACUGGUUUUCAAGACGACAGCGCAUUAAAAACUACAAAUGAAUUGACAACACACGGUCCUCUAACUGACCACAAAACUAAAAACAUGUACGAUAGUGAAAUUUUACAGCCCAAUGUCAAGACUACUUCUGUGUUCCCUUCCACUGCGCCUACUACUUUAUCCCCACCAGGUGGAUCAACCACAACAGUUCGCACAACCACAAAUGAAUCCGGAUCGACUUUUACAGACUCAGAACUAAUUAUACAUACGAAUUUAGCAGAAUCAACAUCUUUAAUAAUGAGAGGAGUACCAAAAGAUUCCAAAUUGGCAGUCUUGGAUGCUGACACAUUAGCAUCAACCUCCAGUGGUUAUACUACGCAGAAAACCGAAAAAACGCCAACUUUUCAUUCUUUAUCAUCACCAGCAUCCGAACAAGUGCGAAAGUCUGAAGUUGGAUUUCAUCCGUUCUCAAAUCCCUCAACUGAUGAAAUUUCUGAAAAAAAGCUUGAAUUUAUAUCAACAUAUACCCUUAUUACUUUCGCUACAACACUGUACGAGAAGAUCAAGUCGGUACAAAGUGCUCCUUCGGCAUCACCGUCACCAUCGGUCAAGGUCGAGACAGAUAAAAGCACCUGUAAAUUACUUCAAAAUUCCCCGGUCACCGCUAUUUCAGGAGAUUUUAGCAAAGAUUUGUCGACCAUAGCAAAAGUUUCCACAACUGAAUUAACUGGUCUUGAUUAUAGUGGAACGACAGAAAUACCAGAAGUUGAAAGAGAUCAAGCAAUAGCGUCAUCUGCACUUGACACCGAAGUCUUAAAAGAAACUGAUCUUCCAGUAUUGUCUGACUCGAAUCAGGAGUCAGCAACAUUACACACAACCUCUCCUACAGUUUAUGAUACAUCUACGCAGCCAGCAGCUGCAGAAAGCACAAAAACUAAAAGGUCCACAGAUCCACGCCAACCACCAAUAAAUCAGAACCCCCAAGCUCCUAAAGGCACAGAUCCAGAAGGAAUGACAGUGGCUACUGCCAUCUCUAUGGGUUUAAUUCUCAUAUUUCUCCUGAUAUUAUUUUGCAUUCUCGCAGUAUCCCUGAUUGCCGGCUGGGUACACUGUCGAGGACGGGAGAGUCGACGGCCAAAAGUGAGCCUGAUUCGGGUGGAGCGGGGCUUGGCAACAGAGUUUGCAGACAGUUGGAACAAAGGAAGGCCAGCUCAAGCCUGGAUGACUACACGAUCGGGAACCACAAUGACCUCGCAUGCUUCAGGUGCCCAGUUGUCUCGGUCGAUUUCAUAUUCUCCACCAUCAUCAUCACCACCACAUCCACCAUCGCCACCGCCACCAAGUUUCCAGUGUGGAUGCAAGCGACGAGGCCUUUUCGGAAGUGCGAACCGCCUCUGUAUGGCCCAUGGUGACCCCUCGGCGAGACCCAAUACGAGUGCAGUGCGUGCCGUUAAAAUAAUCUCCCUCACCGACGAGUCUGAUGUCGGGGAGGUAGGCACCGUGCUCUUGACGGAUCUCAACCGACGUCGCGCCAGUGGUGCUUCCGACGCUCCAGAUGCGGAAAACUUAGAUUCCAAUGGCAAAUCGGGGAAUAGGCGCCCCAGUGAGUGGCUGUUCAUCGACGAGGCCUAA